UUUCUUUAUUUGUUCUCUCUCUCUCUCUCUGAUUUUACCUCUUCCGUUUCUUCAGAUUCCCGUUCGUUUCUACUUUCUCGAGUGGACUCUGCUUCUCUCUAUCGACGCUCUGCUCCGGUUCUCUCGACGCGGGUUGAUGGUAAAGGUUGUGGGAUUUGAUUCGGCCCUGCACCGGUUAUCUGGAUAUUUAGCUGGGGAAGUUUCUUAUCUUGUGAUUCUGUGUUGUGAGCUGGAAUCUUUCAGCCAUUCCGGUUCACAUUUCUCCCUCAACAUCGAUGAUUUUGCUCAUGUUUGAAAUGCAGAAUUCGACUGCUCAUUUGCUAUAAAUAUCCGUUCCUUGCACUCUGGAACAACACAUUGAGACAGUCUUAAGGGACUCGAUCUGUGGCAGCAAUUCCCGAUCAUAUGAUAUAUAGACCUCACUCACUGGCAUCCAUUUGAAAGGUUGCUAGCAUGAAGACAUAGAGCAGCAUAUCGGGUUGAGAAACCUUCCCUAUCGCAUUUACGGACGUGAACUGGAUAAGGGCUUGAUUGUCUCGUGGGGAUCAUGCUUAUAUGAUGUCACGAAUAAGGAACUUUUUUAACCAAAGGGACCUAUAUAGUUGAUUAUAUGGUAAAUGACAAUGGCUGGGAGAAAGAACACGGGAAGCGCUUCAGUGCCACUGCUGGUACUGUUGUCUCUUGGGUUUUUCUUUGCUACAUACAAUCUUCUAACUAUUGUAAUGCGCAAUAGAGCAGUCAUCAGAUCGGUGGCAGACGAUUCGAACAGGAAACUAUUAUCUGAUCCCAUUCUUGAGAUGCCUGAUAUUAUGCAGAAGCAGAAAACCUCAGGAUCACCCCUUCACAUUGCUCUUACGGCUACAGAUGCUCCAUAUAGCAAAUGGCAGAGUCGAAUUAUGUACUACUGGUAUAAGAAGAAGAAGGACCUGCCUGGCUCCGACAUGGGGGGAUUCACUCGGAUUUUGCAUUCAGGAAAUCCCGACAACUUGAUGGAUGAGAUUCCUACUAUCGUUGUGGAUCCUCUACCAGCAGGCUUGGAUAGAGGAUACAUUGUAUUAAAUAGACCAUGGGCCUUUGUACAAUGGUUGGAGAAGGCUACAAUUGAAGAAGAAUAUAUUCUAAUGGCAGAACCUGAUCAUAUAUUUGUAAAUCCUCUUCCUAAUUUGGCUGAUGGAGGAUAUCCUGCUGCUUUCCCUUUUUUCUACAUAAAACCUGCAGAGAAUGAGAAUAUCAUCCGGAAGUUUUUCCCUGAGGAGAAUGGCCCUGUGACCAAUGUUGACCCUAUCGGGAACUCUCCUGUAAUCAUUAAGAAGGAUAUGCUAGACAGGAUUGCUCCUACAUGGAUGAAUGUUUCUCUAAGAAUGAAGGAUGAUUCCGAAACUGAUAAAGCAUUUGGAUGGGUACUGGAAAUGUAUGCCUAUGCCGUAGCAUCUGCUUUGCAUGGUGUUAAGCAUAUCCUCAGGAAAGACUUUAUGCUGCAGCCUCCAUGGGAUCUUCAUACUGGAAAGAAGUUUAUCAUCCACUAUACUUAUGGAUGUGACUACAACUUAAAGGGUGAGCUAACAUACGGCAAAAUUGGAGAGUGGCGAUUUGACAAGAGAUCAUACUUACGUGGUCCUCCACCUAGAAAUCUUUCCUUGCCUCCUCCAGGGGUUCCUGAAAGUGUAGCUACUCUUGUGAAGAUGGUAAAUGAAGCUACUGCGAACAUUCCCAACUGGGAUACAGAAUAGAAACUCAGUGUGCAAUUAAGGAUAACUUGAUGCAACCUGUGAGUUGGAAUAAAGUCAUUGUUUUCAGUCUUAACUGUGUUAUUUUUAGAAAUAGAGCGCAGAAAUCUUAGCUUUUGAUUUUUAGAUGGAGGUUCGACCUAAAAAGAAACUUUUACACAGAGGAUUGGAAUGCAAGUUUGAAAGUUGUUGACUUUCAGACGCUUUCCCUUGGGGUGUAAAAGGGCCUAAAAUCCCUGUAGAUAGAGAUCCGCUUCCUUAGAUACAACCCUACAUUCCUCAACUCACAACAAGAUCUCUUGACGAAUACGAGAAAAUAGAACUCUGCAUUUCAAAUUACAAACACAUACAAUUUGAGAAGAAGGGUUCUAUUUUCAAUGUCUUGAUCUGAUCGAUACUCCCAUGCUCCUGAUGAUUAACUGCAUGGUGAUUAUAUAA